AUGGCGUCACGAAAGUGUCCUUACCGUCAACAAGUCUUUACUGCUUGCAGUCAGCCAGAUCUUGGACAGACUAAUGAUCAUGAGCUCCAUAAUUUGGAUGACCUUGCCUCCUCUCAGCCUAUUCCUCUACUUGAGUUAUGCCUGAAGCAAAGCUCAAGAAACAAAGGUGCACGGGCUCAGAAGCAAUAUAUGUUGGAGAGUGCGGCUGGUGUUAGUACCAGGGCAGCAAGCAGCGGCGAUGAAGAAUUCGCUUCUUCGCGCUUUUCCAUCUUGCGUGGAUCCAUCAACAGUGCCUUUGAGAUUUACGAAGAUCAGUCAAGUACCGAGGCUAUCGAAGCUCGAAAAUAUGGCGAUAUGCCGUGUGAUACAGUUCUCGAUACAGAGGAAACCGCAUCACUACUGCAUGCAUUCGACUCGCCGAGGUCCCCGCCACGCCCAUCGUCUAGACGCCAUGCUAAUAUUACUGGUCUCAAUGAUAGCUCUCAGAAGCCCUCUACGCCUACACGUGGUAAGAGGUAUAACUACAGCGAAUCAUAUCUCGACUCUAUUCAUGAAGGAGGAGACGCCGAAAUCCGGCCCAGUGCAACUACCCAGUACAACCCUUCGGCGCGUUAUUCUCGAGUUUACCAGUCCAGUGACAGCGAUAUUGAUUCCUUUAAUGAUCAAAUAACACCUAGACGCCUGAAAAGACAAACUUCCAGCGAGGCAAAAUCUGACCAAGGCUGGUACGGAGCUGACAAUGGGCCUAUCCUGCAAAAUCCUCUGAACAACCUAAAAAGCUCCAGCUAUUCUCACUCGGGCUCACACCCACAAUCCCGCAGCUGCAUUUCGGAGAGCCCAUUCCAACGACGCGGCGAUAAUGCUAGCGGUGAUCGGGCAGUCUGGCCAGUGGACUUGUCCAGCCAGAGAUCCUCUUUCGAGGGACCCAAGACAGGACCUUUUAGUCACGAUUCUGCGUCUGAGGAAUCAUGUCCCCCUUCGUCGUCUCUGCAUCUGUACGGCGCAAACUUCGAUCAGACGUAUAGUCGUUCCCCCUAUGAAUCUUUACGAAUCCAACAAGAGCGUUUCAAGCGCGCCGAGUCUCGCAGAAUCUCGUCGGGCUUGCAGUUUCCGAUGUCUGGAUCUCAGCAAGGGUAUAACUCAGACUACACAUCCAAGGGGAACACUCUGGCUUCAGAAUUCUCCAGCGUUGCCCCUGCCGCACGGUCUGGAACACUUCAGUAUUCGGAAUCAACUAAUCCUUCGUAUCGUGCUUCCAGUCAGCGCCAGGCGACAGACGCGCAGAAGAACAUUCCGUCGAGCAAUAGCAGUAGUAGCUUGUCCGCCGAGGAGAAGCGACGGAUCUUCAAAGAAGAAGUCAACGCCCUGCUAAAAAGUACUGCCGAGAGGCCCAGAAACACCAAGACACAAGGUACUGCAGAAGAGGCCACAGUAGUUCCUCAUAAAGUCAAGGCACCUAGCACUGACGAGUCUCGAGCAAGUGCCCUUGCAAGUGCUGUUGAGCCAAUCCACUCGGAAGCUUCGGUGAACACUGGAAAGCAGAAACUACGACCAGAGGAGGCUGCGACGACCACUUGGCAUCUUCUUGAGAGGGCCACUCUAGACCUUGAUAAAGGAGCAACGGCUAACAACUGGCCUCCAAUGCCUCGAUACAUGCCUCGAAAUAUCUAUCAAGCAAGGCGUUUUGGUGCUUGGGGCAACUCGCCCAAUACGAGUUCCUCUUCUGCGGACGUCGAGCAGUCUUCGGGGCCGGUGUCUUCAUCUAAAGCACGAGAUGUCGUCGAUAGAGCUACCACACUGGAUCUCAGGGCACAGGCUUCAGCUUAUAUCAAGAGCCAGACCUUUUCAUCCGGGUCUGGCACACAAAGCAGCAUCAAGCACGCACUCGGGCACGUUGCAGAUUCAUCCGUGAAAAGCGAGAGCAAGCCUCUGAAGCCUCCACCUGGGCUGUCCAAACCUGCAAGUCAGUUGACGAAACGGCCUGCCUGGUACGUGGACAGCCUGAUUCAGAACCAGGCCAGGCUGGAGGAGUCCAACGCCUGGUUUCGGCGGGAUAGUCGCGGGGAAGAAACCAUUCGCGCCCAGGUUGCCUUGUUCGCUCAGGACCAUAGUGAGCAACUCAAGAAACGAGGGUAUUCGACAGAGGACUGCAAGUCUGCGAGGGAAAUGAGUGAACUUAUGGGCAAUGCGCUUGUUAACUUGACCUCGUAUGUCCUGGGAGACCGAGAGCAGCAAAUCGGCAAUUUUGCCAACUUUACGCCAGCACCAUCCGACUGCUCCUCGCCAAGUUCUGAUAAGCAUCGAACCUUUUUCGAACUGGAUUGGUGUACCAACGGCGGGGCAUCUCUUGGUCGAGAGUCUUUGCCAUCUGCCAAUCUCGGCCACUUUGCUCGACGCAGAACUUCUUCAGCGACCAAUCCUUAUACUGUCCUUGAGGAAGACUCUGACAUUGACUCUGUGGGCCGUGCGUGGUGA